AUGUCGUCGAGAGACGGCUUCUCUUGGACCGAAAAGGACGGCUUGAAAGCCGGGGUUCCCUGCAUUGGCGCCAUUCAGCCUCCGUCAAACCUGCCAGAGGCGGCAAAAGACACUGUUUACGAUGUUGUCGUUGUAGGCGCCGGAUACUGCGGCUUGACUGCAGCACGAGAUGCAGCUGUUGCAGGGCUCAAGGUCCUUCUCUUGGAGGGACGGGAUCGCAUUGGUGGACGUUCUUGGUCUUCCAAUAUUGGAGGAUAUCCCUUCGAAAUGGGCGGCACCUGGGUUUUCUGGGGACAGCCCAAUGUUUGGCGGGAAAUCAAGCGCUACGGGAUGGAAGACGAGCUGGAGAUAUCCUACGACUUCUCGAGAGGCGUCAACCGGUAUCAUCUGGUGAACGAACAAGGCACGCAGAAAUUCACACACGAUGAAGAGGACGCAAUGAUGGAGUCGGGUCUGCGCAAGCUUGUCAACGUCGACGGCGCAUGUGGAAAGAAAAUCAUGCCCUUCCCUCACACGAGCAAAUUCACCCCAGAAGCCCUCGCCUUGGACAAACUGUCCGUCGCCGACCGCCUGGCGCAGAUUAAAGACUCGCUCACGCCCAACGAGCGUCUCGCCGUCGAAACAUUCGUUCUCCUGUGCAGCGGAGGCACCCUCGAGACGACAAGCUUCUUCGAGAUGAUGCACUGGUGGGCCCUGAGCGCCUACUCGUACGAAGGCUGCAUCGAGUAUCUCGUCAAGUACAAGUUCCACGGCGGCCAGUCCAGCUUCGCGAUCCGCUUCUUCCAGGAGGCGCUCGCCACGGGCAACCUGUCGUACGCCUUCAACUCGCCCGUAGCGGCGGUCAAGAACACCCCUGCCGGCGUGCACGUCACGACCCGCGAGGGAAAAGGAUACAGGGCCCAGAGGAUGGUCAGCGCCAUGCCUCUGAACAUCCUCAACAGCAUCGCCUUCGACCCCCCGCUAUCGGUGGGCAAGAAAUCGGCGGCGGACACGGGCCACGUCAACCAGUGCGUCAAGGUGCACGCUGAAGUCAGGGACCGCGACCUCAGGUCGUACACGGGCAUCAGCUAUCCUCACAACGGCCUCUUCUAUGCCUUGGGAGACGGCGAGACGCCUUCGGGAAACACGCACAUCGUUGCGUUCGGCGGCCAACACCAGCAUUUCAAACCAGACGAAAACAUUGAAAAGACAAAGGAGGCCUUGCAGGGCCUCGUGCCCAUGGACAUUGAGCGCAUCGUUUUCCACAACUGGUCCAAGGACGAAUUCGCCAAAGGAGCUUGGUUCUUCUCCAAGCCAGGGCUCCUCUCUACACAUCUGGGCGACAUGCGCGCUCGCCAGGGCAACAUUUUCUUCGCGAGCUCGGACUGGGCGCUGGGCUGGCGCAGCUUCAUCGACGGAGCCAUCGAGGAGGGGACGCGCGCGGGCCUGGCGGUGCGCAACGACCUUGCGCAAUCGCGUCAGACGCCGCUGAAGUCCAAACUGGCAUGA